CUCCUCCUCCUCCUCCACCUCCUCCUCCUGCUCCCCUCCGUUGCCUGUUCUCCCCUCCUGCACUCCUGGAGAUAGACGCUCAAGCCUGACGCCUCUGAAAAGGCAGCAGCAGUCGCCUUAUCCUUAGACCUCAGGAAAUUCGCUUUGACCGAUGCAUGCUUCAGGCUCUGGCUGGAGCUAAGGGGAAUAACCAGGCAGAUUUCUGGGUCCUUAUUAAAAGACCAAGUGAAAUCAGAAUGCUUCACCAACAUACAGCCUAUUGAUAUGCUGGCAUCUUGGUGUGGCCUUGCAGAGGAGGUGAGAAAAGAAGACUUGUGAUUUCACCAGCUGACAGCUUCUGGCUAUUCCACAACUGGGUCUGAGUCCUACUGUCAGGGAGGUUAAAAUCCCAAAUGAAGUCAGCCUGGGAGGCUAUGCACAAGGAGCUUGGUCUUGGCUGCAGUGGUGCUGGAAGCCUUGAAAUGACAAGCAGCAGGUCUCUGAAGCUACUCCAGUGCUAACCAGUAGUGACCUUUCUCUGUGCUUGGGGCCUACAUCUGGAGGGGACUUGAAACAUCCCAAGCAUCCAGGAUCCUGGUUCACUGCUGGCUUCCAGUUACUUCCUGAGAAAAGUGUUUCUUCCUGACUCUACUUUAGGGGCACCACACUGGCGGUACCUCUGUAGGUCACGGUAUUGGAAGAGUGAAGUAUUUGAUGACACCAAGGAUACCCUUAAAUUAGACCAUUGGAUGCAAAUGGGUCAGUGAUUCCCCUUGAUCUUCAAUUGCCUCCUUUUUCAGAACGUUGCCUCCAAAGUGUAUCCUCCCUUUGGCCUGGAAGUUCUGCGGCUUCCCUGUACCACUGGGGUCUGCAUUUUCCAGUUGGAAGGGGACUACAGGGAGCCAGGAAGGGGCUGCUGGAAGAGGAGAAGAAGAAAAAAAGAGCUGAAAGGGCGCCCAUCCCGCCCUGUCCCGCCUGCCCCCUCCUCCCCCUUUCUCCGCAGACCCUUAUUUCUCUGUGAGGGUGUCCAGGACCAUUUUGACCCUGUCGGCCCCGGCUCCCCCCCGCCGCACCCCAGCCCCGAGCAUGGGGACGGCGCUCCUCCAGCGCGGGGGUUGCUUUCUCCUGUGCCUGUCGCUGCUGUUGCUGGGCUGCUGGGCAGAGCUGGGCAGCGGGCUGGAGUUCCCAGGCGCCGAGGGCCAGUGGACGCGCUUCCCCAAGUGGAACGCGUGCUGCGAGAGCGAGAUGAGCUUCCAGCUGAAGACGCGCAGCGCACGCGGCCUCGUGCUCUACUUCGACGACGAGGGCUUCUGCGACUUUCUGGAGCUCAUCCUGACCCGGGGCGGCCGCCUGCAGCUCAGCUUCUCCAUCUUCUGCGCCGAGCCCGCCACGCUGCUGGCGGACACCCCGGUCAACGACGGCGCGUGGCACAGCGUGCGCAUCCGUCGGCAGUUCCGCAACACCACGCUGUACAUCGACCAGACGGAGGCCAAGUGGGUGGAGGUCAAGUCCAAGCGCAGGGACAUGACGGUGUUCAGUGGGCUGUUCGUGGGCGGGCUGCCCCCCGAACUGCGAGCCGCUGCGCUCAAGCUCACGCUGGCAUCCGUCAGGGAGCGCGAGCCCUUCAAGGGCUGGAUCCGGGACGUCAAGGUCAACUCCUCGCAGGCGCUGCCCGUGGACAGCGGCGAGGUCAAGCUGGACGACGAGCCGCCCAACAGCGGCGGCGGGAGCCCGUGCGAGGCGGGUGACGAGGGCGAGGGUGGCGUGUGUCUCAACGGAGGCGUGUGCUCCGUGGUGGACGACCAGGCAGUGUGCGACUGUUCCAGAACAGGCUUCCGCGGCAAGGACUGCAGCCAAGAAGACAACAAUGUGGAAGGUCUGGCGCACCUGAUGAUGGGCGACCAAGGUAAAAGUAAAGGAAAAGAAGAAUACAUUGCCACUUUCAAAGGAUCUGAAUACUUCUGCUACGACUUGUCUCAAAACCCCAUUCAAAGCAGCAGUGAUGAAAUAACUCUGUCCUUUAAAACUCUUCAGAGGAAUGGACUGAUGCUUCACACAGGGAAAUCAGCUGAUUAUGUCAAUCUGGCCUUGAAAAAUGGAGCUGUCUCUCUGGUCAUUAAUUUGGGAUCAGGGGCCUUUGAAGCACUAGUGGAGCCCGUGAAUGGAAAGUUUAAUGAUAAUGCCUGGCAUGAUGUGAAAGUCACCAGGAAUCUGCGUCAGCACUCAGGCAUUGGACACGCUAUGGUGACAAUAUCAGUGGAUGGGAUUCUUACCACAACGGGCUACACUCAAGAAGAUUACACCAUGCUGGGGUCUGAUGACUUUUUCUAUGUUGGAGGCAGUCCCAGCACAGCCGACCUUCCAGGGUCCCCAGUCAGUAACAACUUUAUGGGCUGUCUCAAAGAGGUUGUAUAUAAAAAUAAUGAUGUAAGAUUGGAACUCUCUCGACUUGCCAAGCAAGGAGAUGCCAAGAUGAAGAUCCAUGGAGUGGUGGCAUUUAAAUGUGAAAACGUUGCAACUUUAGACCCAAUCACUUUUGAAACCCCAGAGUCUUUCAUCUCUUUACCCAAAUGGAAUGCAAAGAAAACAGGCUCCAUCUCGUUUGAUUUCCGUACAACAGAGCCAAAUGGCCUCAUCUUAUUCAGCCAUGGCAAGCCAAGGCAUCAAAAAGAUGCCAAGCACCCACAGAUGAUUAAGGUUGACUUCUUUGCUAUUGAAAUGCUGGACGGCCACCUGUACCUCCUCUUGGACAUGGGGUCGGGUACCAUAAAAAUAAAAGCACUGCAGAAGAAAGUCAAUGAUGGAGAAUGGUAUCAUGUGGAUUUCCAGAGAGAUGGACGGUCAGGUACCAUUUCUGUCAACACCCUGCGCACUCCCUACACUGCUCCCGGUGAAAGUGAGAUCUUGGACCUGGAUGAUGAAUUGUACCUGGGUGGCUUGCCAGAGAAUAAGGCCGGCCUUGUCUUCCCCACUGAGGUGUGGACUGCUCUGCUCAACUAUGGCUACGUGGGCUGCAUCCGGGAUCUGUUCAUUGAUGGCCAAAGCAAAGACAUCCGGCAGAUGGCGGAAAUUCAGAGUACUGCUGGAGUGAAGCCAUCCUGCUCAAGGGAGACAGCAAAACCGUGCCUUAGCAAUCCUUGCAAAAACAAUGGCAUGUGCAGGGAUGGCUGGAACAGAUACGUCUGUGAUUGCUCCGGAACAGGGUAUCUCGGCAGGUCCUGUGAGAGAGAGGCAACCGUUCUGAGCUAUGACGGGAGUAUGUUCAUGAAGAUUCAGCUCCCAGUGGUGAUGCACACUGAAGCUGAGGACGUGUCCUUAAGGUUCAGAUCCCAGCGUGCAUAUGGCAUUCUGACGGCGACUACUUCUAGGGACUCUGCAGACACCCUCCGCCUGGAGCUAGAUGCAGGGCGUGUGAAACUCACGGUCAAUCUAGAUUGUAUCAGGAUUAACUGUAAUUCCAGCAAAGGUCCCGAGACCCUUUUUGCUGGCUAUAACCUCAAUGAUAAUGAAUGGCACACGGUGCGUGUGGUUCGUCGAGGAAAAAGUUUAAAGCUAACUGUGGAUGAUCAACAGGCCAUGACAGGCCAAAUGGCAGGUGACCAUACAAGGCUGGAGUUUCAUAACAUAGAGACUGGCAUCAUCACAGAACGGCGGUAUCUUUCUUCUGUCCCUUCAAACUUCAUUGGACACCUACAAAGUCUAACAUUUAAUGGAAUGGCAUACAUUGACUUGUGCAAAAAUGGUGAUAUUGAUUACUGUGAGCUCAAUGCCAGAUUUGGCUUCAGGAACAUCAUAGCAGAUCCCGUCACCUUCAAGACCAAAUCGAGCUAUGUUGCCUUAGCUACAUUGCAAGCCUACACUUCUAUGCACCUUUUUUUCCAGUUCAAGACCACAUCCCUAGAUGGACUAAUUCUGUAUAACAGUGGAGAUGGAAAUGACUUUAUUGUUGUAGAAUUAGUUAAAGGGUACUUGCACUACGUGUUUGACUUGGGAAAUGGUGCUAACCUCAUCAAAGGGAGCUCAAAUAAACCGCUCAAUGACAAUCAGUGGCACAACGUGAUGAUUUCAAGGGACACCAGCAAUCUCCACACUGUAAAAAUUGACACGAAGAUCACAACGCAAAUCACUGCAGGAGCCAGGAACUUAGACCUCAAGAGCGAUUUGUAUAUAGGAGGAGUGGCUAAAGAAACAUACAAAGCCUUGCCCAAACUCGUCCAUGCCAAAGAGGGUUUUCAAGGCUGCCUGGCUUCCGUUGACUUAAACGGUCGGCUUCCGGAUCUCAUCUCAGAUGCUCUUUUCUGCAACGGACAAAUUGAGAGAGGAUGUGAAGGGCCCAGCACUACCUGCCAAGAGGACUCAUGUUCAAAUCAAGGCGUGUGCUUGCAACAAUGGGAUGGGUUCAGCUGUGACUGUAGCAUGACUUCCUUCAGUGGGCCACUCUGCAAUGACCCUGGGACAACGUAUAUCUUUAGCAAAGGUGGUGGACAGAUCACGUAUAAGUGGCCUCCUAAUGACCGGCCGAGUACACGAGCAGACAGGCUGGCCAUAGGAUUUAGCACUGUCCAAAAAGAAGCAGUAUUGGUGCGAGUGGACAGUUCCUCAGGCCUGGGUGACUACCUUGAACUGCACAUACACCAAGGAAAAAUUGGAGUUAAGUUUAAUGUUGGGACAGAUGACAUCGCCAUUGAGGAGUCCAAUGCAAUCAUUAACGAUGGGAAAUACCAUGUAGUACGUUUCACGAGGAGUGGUGGCAAUGCCACGUUACAGGUGGACAGCUGGCCAGUGAUCGAGCGCUACCCUGCAGGAAACAAUGAUAACGAGCGCCUGGCGAUUGCUAGACAGCGAAUUCCAUAUCGACUUGGUCGAGUAGUUGAUGAAUGGCUACUCGACAAAGGGCGUCAGCUCACAAUCUUCAAUAGCCAAGCAACCAUAAUAAUUGGCGGGAAAGAGCAGGGCCAGCCCUUCCAGGGCCAGCUCUCUGGGCUUUACUACAAUGGCUUGAAAGUUCUGAAUAUGGCAGCAGAAAAUGAUGCCAACAUCGCCAUAGUGGGAAAUGUGAGACUGGUUGGUGAAGUGCCUUCCUCUAUGACAACUGAGUCAACAGCCACUGCCAUGCAGUCAGAGAUGUCCACCUCAAUCAUGGAGACUACCACGACCCUGGCUACCAGCACAGCUAGAAGAGGAAAGCCUCCCACGAAAGAGCCCAUUAGCCAGACCACAGAUGACAUCCUUGUGGCCUCAGCAGAGUGUCCCAGUGACGAUGAGGACAUUGACCCCUGUGAGCCGAGCUCAGGUGGGUUAGCCAACCCCACCAGAGUAGGUGGCCGAGAACCGUAUCCAGGCUCCGCAGAGGUCAUCCGGGAGUCCAGCAGCACCACCGGCAUGGUGGUGGGGAUCGUGGCCGCAGCCGCCCUGUGCAUCCUCAUCCUCCUCUAUGCGAUGUACAAGUACAGAAACCGGGAUGAAGGCUCAUACCAUGUGGACGAGAGUCGAAACUACAUCAGUAACUCAGCACAGUCCAACGGGGCUGUGGUCAAGGAGAAACAACCCAGCAGCGCAAAAAGCGCCAACAAAAAUAAGAAAAACAAGGAUAAAGAGUAUUACGUCUGAUCCCAAGAUCCGAAAGACACUUGUAUAGAAAUAGUCUUCAUUUUAUCUGAGACAUAAUAUAAACUUAUUUACUUUCCUUUUUAUGAAGCACAUACAAAAGAAGACAGGGAAUGCGAUCAGGAGGGAAAAAAAAACUGUUUUUAAAAAAAAUAAACAAGUAUCUCAUGCUCUUGUUUCUCAAAAAAAAAAUACAAAAAAAGGAAAGAAAGAAUAAGAAAGGAAGGAAAAAUACUAAAAAAAUAAAAAUAAAAACAAAAAAACAGGGGCCAAUAAAUUCCCUAACAUCCACAGUGUUUUCAGUCACUCUGCCUGUCUUUAUGUUGCUGGAACAUUUUUAAAGACAGUGAUGACCGCUCGCAUUCAUAAAGCAAAGGAGUAUUACAACAUCGAGGCACAACACAAAACACAACACACAAAAGAAGCUACCUAUGAUCCUGGAUUCAGCCACAGUGCUAGCGCGACCCUGAGAAGUCAGUUAGUCUGCUUGGCCAGGAGGCAUCUGUUUGCGGGACAAACUGCAGACCCUGAAGAGAGUUGGCCAGCUGCUGCAACUGUAGCGGGGGUUGGAACUUGCAUUGGAGACAAAGUGCUGGCUUUUUUGAAGACUUGUGUAGGAACACAUUCAAAAAGCCCCUUUCUGUUUGUGAGAGGAAAAAAAAGUAUGGAGGCCUUAUUUUCCAAAAUGUGAAAUAUAAGGCACAUUUUCACACUAAAAUUUCAAAACAAAAAAAUAAGAGGGCAUAGAUGCAAUCAUUGGGAAAUUUUCAUGCACGCUUACUAUGUUAUUACAUAUGUUUAUAUAAAACCCAUCUCUGUGUGCUUUCUGGACUGUGAUAAGUGACGUUUUAUAGCCUGUUGUAUAGAAAAUGCAAAAUAUAUCUCUGCUCUUCAGCCAUUUUUGGUAAUUCAAUGUUAUAAGUGUUGCUAAGUAUAGGGAGUUUUAUGACAUCAGAGCAACAAUUAUUUCAGUCUGAUUUCUUUUGCCACCAUUAUAAAUUGCCACAAUUACUUUUUUAAACAAAAUUACAGUGUAGUGUUUAUUCUAAGAAAGAUAUGUAUGAAUGUAUAUAAAAAGACUCCACCACUUCUUUUCUUACAUGUAUAGCCUUCCUUCUGUUGCGAUUAAGUUUAGUAUUUGUAUGAAAGGUGUGAAUUAGAAGGUAAAAUAUAUACCUAAGUGUCAUAUAAUCCUUUCUCCCCCUAAAUACUCAUAUCUUUUAUAAGUUCAACAUUGAAGUUCACACACACCACACCACACGCACACACACACACACACACACACACACACACA